ACCAAUAUUUGGCCUCGGAAUUUGGCCUUCCAACUAUAAAAACUAUUUGCAUGAAAUUGGGUAUAAAAACCGGUAACCUAUACGUAAAAAGUCAUGUGAGGGGCACCAUAUUUUAUAAAGAUAUACCUUGUUGUCUUAAUCCAUAUGCGUGGCCUAAACCCAACUCAAAUUUCAUGAAAAUCGGAUAAGUAUUGUAAAAAUUUAAGCGAUUAGUUCGGAAAGACAGAGAGAAAAAACCAAAUUUGUUUAUAAUAGUCUGAAAUGCAUUUUCUUGGCGGAAUGAAUCAAGGCUUCUCUUUAUUUGAUCAUAAUAUACACUUUGUACCUUUCUUAAUCAACAUGAAAAUUUUGUAAUUCUUUCAAUGAAUUUGGGUCCAAAAUGUAAAUUAUGAAAUACUUUUCCUCCCAAAGUUUCAAAGAUUUACUUUUUAUACAAUUAGUAUAAAAAGUCACUGCCAGAGCCCUGUAUAUUCAAAUGACGACUGAAAAGACAAAAUUUAUUCUGACUUUAUAUCAAUGGAAGUAGGAUUAAGUAGUAGAAUAAUUCAUUAUUUAAAGUGUUAUUAAGAAUUACUCCAAUUUCAACAAUUUAAAUUUCGCGCCAUAUAACGUGCAAUCGAUCCGCCAUCUUAAGCAUGGAGCAGUUCUCAGCAUAUGACUCAUUUCUAUUCAUUUUGUUAAUAUUAUUGAAAAAAUUGUAUUAAUCAAUCAAUUUGAAUAUAUAUUAUUGAUUAUUUUUGAAGUGAGUAACUUCUAGAAUCACUAUGAAAUCAUAAAUUCAAUCAGAAUGGCAUCUUUUACUAUGUUUCCGCUUUUGUAACAGGAACAGGAAACCGUAAUCAAUAUAAUUUUUCCUGUUGCCCCAAUUUGAAUUCGAAAAUAUGAUUUUUUUUCGUGUUUUUACUUCCAAUUGUAAUAAUAUGUGUUUUCAGAUUAGGAAUGUUAAGAAUCUCAAACGUGUCAAAUAAAAUAUCUUCACCAGAUAAGAUUUUCAUUACAGAACAAAUAAAGGAUGAUGGUAUUGUGCCUAUCAACAUAGGUGGUCGUUUAGCUACUGAAUUAGGUAAAGAACUCUUGAAAGCAGCAUCUGAUGGAGAUAUAAAUGUGACCCAAAGAUUGCUUCUGGAUGGCGCCCCCUUCACUGCUGACUGGCUUGGUACAAGUCCUUUACAUUUGGCUGCACAAGGAAACCAUGUUGAAGUAUGUAAAAUAUUACUACAAGCUGGAAUUUCCACCAAUGCCAGAACCAAAGUAGACAGGACUCCCCUUCAUUUAGCAGCAUACGAAGGACAUUUGGAAGUUGUGCUAUUAUUACUUAAAGAGGGAGCUCAUAUAAAUGAUACAGAUUUGUUAGGAAUGACACCUCUUCACUGGGCUGUACAAAAUGGAUAUAUUGAAGUUGUACAAGCUCUUUUAAAAAGAGGGGCUGAUAAGGAGUUGACAAACAAAUUUGGUUUAAAACCUUUGGAGAUAGCAGAUCAAAUUUCAAGGUAUGAUAUCAUGGAAAUUCUUGAAGAAGAACAACUAGAAGAUCCCACAAUGGCAACAGAAAAUCUUGCGAUUGAAAUGGCUACUGAAGAUGAAAACAUGGAACAAUUAAUUUUGCCAAAUAAUCCUAUAGUGAUGGAAGACAUUGAUGAAUCUUCUAAUACCCUAGAUGAAAAUAUACCUCAAAUAAAGUUCCAAUGUGAUGAGACUGUUGUAGAUAAUUCUUUAUCUGAUUCUAUGAAAAUUCUUCAAGAACAUGGAAUUACUCUCUUGCCAAACGAUGAUGACAAUAAUAUCUUAACUACUGUAAUGGAAAGUGGCCAUUCUGUAGUUCUUACAGAGGUUGGAAAGCAAAUUCUAGAUUCUGUGAAGGCGGAAGAAGAGUCUAACCAAAAUAUAACACGUAACCUUGUAAAUCUUGAUAGAAAAAGAUAUAUUACUUUGAAUCCCGAAAAUGUUGUCACUUUGGCUCCCCAGACCGAAACCGAAAGGAAAGAAAAAAAAAGCCAGGUGGCCAACAAAGAAUAUCGCACCAUCAAAAGGAUAGUUAUGAAAAAGAAUAAGUUACAGCCAGUUUCACUGACACCGAAUAUCCUUAAAAAUGUAAAUAAAAAUGUUCAGUUGAUUCGUGUUGCCCCAAAAGAAACAGAUGUUGGUAGUAUCAUCAAAGAAUUAGCAGAAGCAAAGAAGACUAUUCAAGAGUAUAAACAAAAAUUGCUUCAAAAAGAGGCCGAAGUAGAGUGUUACAAGCAAAAGUUAAAGUGUUUAGGGUACCUCUGACCAGGCUCUUUUUAUAACUUUGGAAGAAAUUCUCUACCUCACAUAUUAUUUGCCCAUGUUUAUGUUGGAAGGCAAAUCUUCGAAUUCGUUUGGAAAGGUUUCUUCUCGUGAUACAACAUUGCUGUAUAUGUUGCUUAUGGUUCAUCCAAAUUUUAAAACUAACCUAUACCUGUGUAUAUAUUUAUAUUUCCUAUCUAGUUACCUGAAUAAA